AGCUCCUCCCCGGGAGCCGCCCCCGCGCCCAGGCACCGCCCCCGGCGGAGGCGGUGCCACUCUCUCGGCGGUCCGAGGCGAGGAUGAGUGGUAUGGCGGCGGCAGAGGACGUGUUCCGGAGAGCUCGGGGAAGGACCCUCACUGCCUUCUGCCAAGAUGAUGAGUACCAAUGGAAGGGACCUUUCUACUUCAUCCAAGGAGCAGAUCCUCAGUUUGGACUAAUAAAAGCUUGGGCAGUUGGCAAUACAGGAAGUGGAGAUGAUGAAUGGGGAGAAGAAAUGAAAUUAACAGAGCAAGCAGUGCAGGCCAUCAACAAACUAAACCCUAAACCCAAGUUCUUUGUGUUGUGUGGAGAUCUUAUCCAUGGAAUGCCAGGAACUCAGUGGAGAAAGGACCAAGAGCAAGAUUUAAAGAACAUUCUGAAAAACACUGACCAGGACAUCCCGUUGGUGUUUGUCAGUGGAAAUCAUGAUAUUGGCAAUACUCCAACAAGAGAAACAAUAGAUAAUUAUUGUAAGAGUUGGGGAGAUGACUACUUUAGCUUUUGGGUUGGUGGUGUUUUCUUUCUUGUGCUGAAUUCUCAGUUGUACUUCGAUUCUUCCAAAUGCCCAGAGUUAAAGCAAGCCCAGGAUGUGUGGCUUAAUGCGCAACUGGCUGCUGCCAAAAAACUUAAAUGCAAGCAUAUAAUAGUGUUUCAGCACAUCCCUCUGUUUCUGAGAAACCCUGAUGAAGACCAUGAUUAUUUCAACUUGGAAAAACCAGUUCGACAAGAGAUAAUGGAAAAGUUCCAUAAAGCAGGCAUUAAAGCUGUGUUUUCAGGACAUUACCAUAGGAAUGCUGGAGGGUGCUACAGAGGACUGGAAAUGGUGGUUUCAUCGGCAAUAGGAUGUCAGCUGGGAGAAGAUAAACAUGGGCUUCGAGUGGUCCUUGUCACAGAUGAAAAGAUUGUUCACAGAUACUACAGUUUAGAUGAGUUGAGCAGCCAGGGCUUAGAGAAGGAGAUGGUGGAUAUGCUUGCUAAGCAAAAUUAGGCUAUGUCAAAUCUCUUUUAACUCAAGUGGUUUAUGUGAUUUUGUCCGUAAUUAUUAGACAAACAGGAACAGUUUCAGAAAGUUUCCACACACUGAAAACAAAUGUCUGCUUGCGCACCAUGCCCACGAACAACUAUUUGUUAUCAUCCUAAAUAAUAAAACAAAGUUAUUGACUUUUUUUUUUAAUGAGACCUAUGAGGAACAUGGAAAAAUAAUGUGUAUCACUGAAAACAUUUCUCUGUUCUGAGAUUUUAUACUUUCCUCAUGGAUAAGGCAUUCUAAAUAAAUAGGAAGUAUAUCUGAGAGUGAGAGUAGUAGUUCUAGGUAACGCUUCAACUGAAGACUUACUUUCAUUUGAUAUUUGACAAGACAAAAUAAAUAAAUAAAUAGAUGUACUCACUUCAGUUACACUCUAGACAAUAAAAAAACCCACAUUUGUAACUUUAUAGAAAGAAAUCUCAAAAAGUCAGUGGAAUCAUUAGACUACAGCUGACGUUUAGCAAACUUGAAUCAGAUCUUGAUACCUAGAGGUUGUGUUUUAUCCCCUUUCCUAUUCUUUCAUUUUUUUUAGUUCUUGAGAGCAAGCAGCAAUAGGAGAGCAAAUACAUUCUGUUAUGCAGAGUCACAGCUUGGGUUUCUGUUAUAGCCUUAUCUUAUAUAAUGAAAAGUGUAUUAAUGAGGCUACAAUAGAUGACACUGAGAGAAACUACAGAUGGAAAAGAUAUUUUCCUUUUGAAAUCUAAUCACCAUUAAAUUAGUAUAGAUUAUUGCUGCAUGUUCACAAGUUAGAAUAACUGGAUAGAGAGAAAAUCUUGUGCAGAAUAAAGUCACUUUUUGAUUCCUAGACAAGUGGAGAACUUUGAUUACUAAAUGCGAUUUAAAAGUGCCUUGUUGAAAUAUUAUAGCCUUUGAAUCUUGAAAACCUUAAAAAAAUUAUUCACUGAAAUAAGUCUUGGAAAAAAAAAAAAACAUGUAUAAAGAGGAGAAAAAAUGCAUUUUAAAUUUAUGAGCUGUAAUCUACCUGAUUUUUUUUAGCAAGUAUGUCUGAUUUGUUUACUGUUAAAUAAGAGAAAAAGAUCUUCAUGUAAUUAACUCAUAUCUCUAUUUUAAGUGAUAAUUUGAACACAUUAUAACCUGGGCCCCAAGUCAUCUAGAAAUACAGAUACCACAGCUUUAUCACCUGAAGAUGGAAGGAUGGAAACAAUACUGUCUGAAAAAGCAAUGCACUCUACUCAUUUUUAUGUAUACUCACAUGCAUCAUCAUUCCUCAGAGCACAGAGGUAUUUAAAUACAGUGCAGGAGGUGAAAUACUGUGUUGAAGACAGCACAGUUUCAUUACAUUUUAUUCACAACAUUUUAUUUGAGGGGCUUGUUCAAACUCUAUGUGGGGCUCAUUAGAUUUUAAAAAUAUCUGUCGUAUUUUGAGCUGUUUUCUUUUGCCAAUAAAACAGCAGUACCUGCAACUGGACUGUACCAAACGUGAGCUACCAUCUCAUAAUAACCUAAGCAUAGGUAAUGUUUGAUUCUAAAAGAAAGAAAACGAUCUUGCUUUUAAUUUCCGUCUGCUUUUGAUUAGUUUAAUGUUUUCACAGAUUCAUUUUCAAGGAAACAUCUGGAAAACAGGAGUUAAAAUCUAAGGCUAGCUAAGCACUCAGAAGGAAGUUUCACUGGAAGUUAAGCAGUUAAUUAGUUUAAUAGUUAAAAAUUAUUUUUAAAAUCUGUGUACUUAUGUAUCUUUGAAACCUCUGACAACUGUUAACAUUUAGUCUUAUAUAGCUUAUAUUGAGUAAUCACAGGUUAUGAAAAGUUUCAAGAACAAGGUGAUGCUAGAUUAUGUUUUGCAGAGAGAAAAAUAGUAUUUCAGUAUGUCAGUUUACAUCUUAAGGCUGAAGAAGUUCAGCAGAGGGACCUGAGACAAACCAAGCAAGUACGCUCCCUGCUCUGGCGCAGUAUUGUAAAGGUGAACGGAGGAGGUGUGUUUUUCAUAUGCCUGUUUAUUGAAGGAUGUAAUUUUAACUGAAUAUAUGAAUCUUGGGAGAUGGUUCCUAGAAGCAUAACUUCAGGAGACAGUCUUUCCACAAGUAUGAAAACAUUAAUAGUAGUGGUAUUAUAGAGCUCUGUAAUUUUAUUUUCAUGGUUACAGUGUACUAAUAUACAACAGAAAUAUUUGUAUAAGCAUUCUAGUUCUUAUUUGUAAAUCAUUUUUCCACUUCUUAAGUGUCAUUUCAUUGCAAGAAAUUCUGUAGCAUUCUGCUGUAAAAAAUAUUGCUCAAGUACAAAUCUUAAGUUCAAUUUAAAAAGAUUAUUUUAUAUUGCAAAUAAUUCUUUUACUUGGAAUGUGCUUUUUUUUUUUUUACCUACAUAAAUGAAAAAUGUUGUUGGAUUAACUGUCUUAGUAUAAUCAGCUAAUUUAUAAUUAAUACUGAUGCCUUAACUAAUUACAAAUGGCAGAGGUCUUCACGGUCAGAGUGCAUCAUCUUGUUUUUAUAGAGAAAAAUAACUCAUAUUGUGUUAAAUUAUGAAACAAUCCACCCACAGAGACACUAAUUAUCAUUUAAGAAAACAUCUUUUGAUGUUGACAGCAUUAUUUUUGUAUCUGCAGUAGGGCUGAUAAUGGUAGCUCUCUGUCAGCAAAUGACUGGCUUUAAAGCAAGAUGAUACAAAAGUUCAAACUGCUUAUGAAAUAAAGAGCAAGUAAAUUCUCAUUCAUUUCUGUCGCAAAGAAAAAAAAAAAAUCAGGUGACCACAAUUCAUCCUAGUUUCCUGAAGCCAGUAACAGGCUGAGAUGACCUCCGAUGACUCAUUAAAUGUGGAAAAUUCACAUUAGAACACCAGAGCAAUCUGUGAAAGUAACCAAAUAUUACAUAAUGAAGUAGAGUCUGAUGUGGAGACCUAUGAACAGGACUGAUCUUUGAGAUCAGUCUUGGUUUACCAGUUUGAGUGUACGCAGCAAACUUAAGAAAAUGCUUCUUCUGAAUCUUUCAAGAAAGAAAGUAAAUGCUUGAUGUCUCAUAAAAAAAUAAUGACAUUUUAUGUUGGGAAUGGGCAGUGAUAGAAGUGAAGCCUCCUCUACCAUCUCAGUUUGCAGACUGAGAGUCCUAUGCUCACCCUGCUUCUUUGCUUCAGUGACUGCUCUCUUACCCCCACACUGCAACUUGUUUUCUAGUUAGUGUCUGUUUUUCCAAACAUUAUCCCAAGUUGCUAAUUUAAUUCUUCUGUGAACUAGUAAUUAGAGAUGUAUCUAUCAUAAGCAAAUAUAGGGCACAUUGAAAACUAAGCACUUCAGCAUUUAAAAAUGCAGUUCCUCUGUCUAUGUAUGUCACUGUACAAGCCUUUGAAGGCUCACACGUCAUUGUUUUAGCUAAUGUUAAUGCUGUGAAUAAGCUGCUUUCUGUAAUGCCCUCAUUAAUCCUUCUUUGCAGCUGCCAUUUGAACACAGUGAUACCAUUGAAAACAAUGGGAAACAUUUGCAUAUACUUAGCAGAAAGCUUGCCUGCCAAGCACUGACAUCAGCUGUUUACCAUACACAUUCUCAACGUGUAGAAAUACCAGUUUGCAUUAGAAAAUUAUAAAAAGGGAAUUUCCCAUUCAAUAACAUUCUGCAGUUCGUAGGACCUUCCUUCUUUUCCUGUUCUAACCUGACACAUGAGAUGUCUACCAUCAUUGGUAGAUAGUGGAAUGCACCGCUGGGAAUCAAGGAGAUGAGUAGUUUAGGCUGACAGUGGUCUUGAUUACCAUGAACCACUGCCAAAAUAACAUCCUGCAGAAGACCAGAUUCUUUAGGAAAGAUGAGACGUCUAUUAAAAAGUAAGCUGAUACAAGAAAACAAAUAGAAGGACAAAGAUGUGAAUCUGUUGCUACAGCUCUUUUCACCCAGAAGGCAAGCAAAGACAUGGCAGCUUCCACAUCCACUUUGCUUAAGUUUGUUCCAGCGGUAUCUUGAAAGGACAGUCAGCAGAGUUAUAACAAGCAGGUCUUGAACAAGGAAAGACUUGCAGAUUUGUUUUGGAAAAGCUUUUUAGAUUAUGUUUCAGCAAUCAAAAUGAUUUCUCCUUACUAGAGAGCAAUGUCUUGGUAGUAGUUUGCACACCUUCCAGUUCUGUUCUCCCCAGCCCCACAAAGUAUAUACUCAGUCAUCUGAAGAUUAGGAAAUUCAGAGCUGAUAAAUGCAACCACAGAGCUCUUGGACACGUUUUCAUUGGAAAAUACUGUUUAAAAAAAAAAAAGAAAAAUAAACUUACAAUGAAGAAAAAGCAUUAGACUGGAGUACUAAAUUGGCCUCCUGACUACUUGAAAUCCAGCUCUGGUGCCAGAGAUUCAGAAAUAAAAAGCACAGAACAAGGGCAACAGAGACAAACCAAAAUAUUUUCAAGCAACAAGAAAAACAUACACAGCACUUCUUUUAAAAGGAAAGCAAAAAACGAGCCAAUUUACAGCAUUACUUGUUUUUAAUUGACAUUUUCAUUUGUGUCUCUAAAAUUAAGUUCUUCCAUUAGCCAUUUGUCAAAUGCAGAUAGUUUAGUACAUUUCUACUAAUCAUCAGCCUUUUCUCCUCUAGGAGACCAAUUAAAGCCUCAUCCUAGUUAAAACAAUAGUGUUGUUAUUUCACUUUUGGGUAGCCAGCAAUUGAAACAUCCACCUUCUAAAUGCAUGCCUGUCUUGAACAUUGUUUAGAAAGGCAUAGUGUAAAAAAAAAAAAAAAAUACCAAGUGGCCUGUUAAAUUAAUACGUAAUGGGAUUAUC